CCGUUCUCUAUCCAGCAUCCCCAUUCAAAGGCCAAUGGAUUUUGGGCCCCCCUGUCAGCUGUUGAAGAUGAAGAUCAUUAUGCUCGGACACGAGGACCCUCAAAGGCAUCCUAUCUGAUGACUUCGAGCUUGAAGCGGCACUUUUUAGUCUCCCAAGACGAACCAAGUGGCAUCUAAUGAAACUCUUCGGCUGACAGUGCUGCCCAUGUACUCGUAGGUAGAGUUGUUUGUCUGGCUUUUCACUUUACAUGAAUGAGUGGUUGUCACCCAUGGAAGCACGGCCACUCUUGUUCUCCAAUGCUCCUGUGAUUGCUUUCGUGUUUCUCGUCACUUUCGGCCUUCAGCCUUUGGAAUGCCAAAGUGACGACAGUCCAGGGGAAGGAAUCCAACCCACGACAGAUUCCGACCUUGGACUUCACAUUGGCGAUACUUGCACGGCCUCGUGCAGCACUGUGAUAAAGAAUUCAUUCUGCAAUACAACCACCAACACUUGCCAAUGUCUUGGCUCCCAUCCCAUCGUCAUUGAGGAAGUCACCUGCGUUGCUGUGAAGAAGCUCCAUCAAACAUGUUCCUACGAUCAGCAAUGCAAGGUGACCAAUCCUAGCUCGUAUUGCUUCCAAUUUGAGCAGGGCGACCUUCGCUGUUGGUGCCAACCUGGUUUUCAUUCUGAAUUGAUCCAAGAAAACCCCAUCAAAUACGGUUGCCUAGAAGACUUGGGCAGCCAUCUUAGCAAGCAUUCGGUAUCAGCAUUGACAGCACUGACCAUCGGACUCUCAAUUCUCUCGUGCCUGCUCUGUUUGAUGUUCCGGAUCUUCACCCGGUCUCAUUGGAGCACAAGAUCCAGUCGGUCUCAAUACUCGGUGCCUUCACCGCCCAAUCGCGAAACUAGCCAGGGCGGUUCAGGAGCAAGCCGCAAAAGCUCCAAAGGCUCACAAGGCAAACGUCUGUCGGCGGGAUCGAAUGGAAGUGCUGCCAAACGAAGUUGUCAUGAAGCGCCUGAAAUUAUGCUUCAUGGUGAAUUGGUGACUGAGCAACACUUAGAUAGCCUUGAUAUUGAGAAGCAGCUCUACCGGCCGGCCAUUUAUAACUCCUUGAAGUCGCCUCAAGUCGGAACAAGUCCUGCCAUCCCCAGAACGACUGGUUCCAGGAACAAUUCGUUGACGACCUCCAGUGGAGAAAACAGUCGAAGGCCCUCAGGCCAGUUUUGUGAAGAGUGGCCUGAAGGCUUUACCGACGCCGACACGGAGUACGAACAGCAUAUUGCGAUAGUUCCGAAUCCACGUGCCAAACGACGCCAAAGCAUGGCGGACUAUGCUUUCCCUGAACUCCAUUCCCGGUCCAAGGGCAAGAAGGAGCCCGAGAACUUGCUCAUUCUCACACGGACCAGGGUGGAUAAGCAUGGUCGAAGACACAGCGUGGCUGUUCCAUUAGUUCCACCCCCCGACGGUGAAAAGUUUGAAGGUGGCUACCACAUGGAACGGAAUCCAAUCACUGGCGGAGCCAAACUCGUCCCACCUGCAACGGAUAGUGGACGUCGACGGAGCUAUGAUAAUGGUUCCCGAGAAUGUCGACGAGGGAGUCAUGAGAGAUCAGAUCGAUCCAGACCGGAGAGCCGCUCUCCAGUCCCAAUCAAUCCUAAAUCUGUGAUAUCCAACGCUGGAGGAAACGGCCGCACUCCAGCGACCUCGUCAUCCUCAAGUGCCUUACUUGGUCCUCCGACCGCCUCGACCACAACUUUAGGCGUUGGCGGCGGUGGUGGGUUUAGCCGCUUUGACCGCAAGAGCUCGAGAUACCGUAACAGGACAAUAUCAGGGCUUCCUACCAUUGGGGAGGCCAACCAACCCAAUCGGUCUCGAACGCGCCGGUCAGCUUCCGAUCGAGGUUCUGCGAGACGGGGCUAUGGUACUGGCUCGCAAAAGGUCAAGGCGAAAGUCGACGUGGAAGCUGCAGCAGCCACAAAUACCACUGAUACCAAGGCUGGCCGAACUCGCCGAAUGAGCCUACAAAUUCCCCAAUCCAAUGGAGGCGUGAACAAUCUGGCACGCGAUAUGGAGCGGCUCAAAGUGGGUGGUGCUCAAGGUGGAGCCGUCGGGGGUGGUGGCAGCUCAUCCGGAGCCGUGUCUCCACGCCCUCUAAAACGGAAAACUUCGCGGCGAAGCUCAAGAUCAAGUUUCCUCCAUUUUUUGGACUUGGCCAUUGCCAAAUGAAGUGAUAAACGUAAAAAGCGACGUGUUUUAAACGGGUUGGAAGACAUUCUUGGUAUCAAACAUGUGCAUGUCCCAAAAGCUAUCUAACUAUUCCCCUUCUUAAUGCAAGAUAAAAGCCCUAGAACCUUGAACCUUGUUCUCCAACCAAUCUCCUUGCCAUUUGAUCUUGGCUAGCAGCGUCCAUAUUGGACGCUUUGAUGUCACUCACCUCGAGUUUGACAUUAGCACAUUAACUACCACCAUAAGCGGCAAAA